GGCCCUCUCUUUCAGGUUCCAAAAUGCCCGCCUACUCGCCAUUAUCAGUGCGGGCCAUAUAUAUGCAUCUUGCUGCUGUGGUUCAGCUCAGAAACUUCAGAGACAGCCCACAGCCACAGCUGAACAGCCACUCUGCCACCAGGAUGAGAGAGUUCAAGAGCAAAGACUUCUGGAGGGCUGUUCUGGCCGAAUUCGUUGGCAUGACCUUUUUUAUUUUCCUCAGCAUCGCGGCAGCCAUUGGGAACACAAACAACACUGCCCCCGACCAGGAGGUGAAGGUGUCACUGGCCUUUGGACUGGCCAUCGCCACGCUGGCCCAGAGUUUAGGCCACAUCAGUGGAGCCCACCUGAAUCCUGCAGUUACCAUAGGGAUGCUUGUCAGCUGCCAGAUCAGCAUAUUCAAGGCCGUCAUGUACAUAAUUGCUCAGAUGCUGGGUUCAGCGCUGGCCAGUGGCAUUGUGUAUGGAGCACGUCCAAGUCAGUCUUCAGCACUGGGGCUCAACACUCUCAAUGGUGUUACUCCAGCCCAAGGCGUGGGCAUUGAGCUUCUGGCAACGUUCCAGCUGGUGCUGUGUGUCAUUGCAGUCACUGAUAAAAGGCGGCGUGAUGUCACCGGCUCAGCACCCUUGGCCAUUGGCCUCUCGGUCUGCCUAGGACACCUGGCAGCUAUCAGCUACACAGGCUGUGGAAUCAAUCCCGCUCGCUCCUUUGGUCCAGCUUUGAUCCUUAACAAUUUCGAUAACCACUGGGUGUACUGGGUGGGGCCAAUCUGUGGCGGUAUCGCAGCAGCACUCAUUUACGAUUUCCUGCUCUCUCCCAAAUUUGAUGACUUCCCCGAACGCAUGAGAGUGCUGGUCAGCGGCCCAGUGGACGACUAUGACGUUAACGGGGACAAUGGUGCUACAACUGUGGAGAUGUCGUCAAAGUAGCAGCACUGUGCAGUCACAACCACUUAGUGUCAUUGUAAAUGUGUGCACUCCUGUAAAAAACAUUGCUCUGGACUUUAGUGUCAAGGACAGUCAGUGUUUCUGUGCUUUUUUUAUACCAAUGAGAACGUGAAAAGUGUCAUGUUCUCAUUCACAUCUCUGUUUGACCCAAGCACACCAUUUUUUUAUUCUAACUGAUUCUAAAACACAAAAGAUAGGGAAUACUGUUGCCCAAAUUGCCUUCGGUGACAAAACUCUAUAAAGCAAUUUACAAAAAUAGAACCUUACAAUGACAGAAUGAACAUUUUAAAGACCUAUACAUUUUUAUAUAGUAAGAAGGUUGUGGAGUCUUGACAGGGCAAUGUGCAGAUUUUAUUUCCCUUAUCAGUAUUCUAUGUUGAGCCAUUGUUGUUAUUUUUUGUAUACAUAUUUCUAUUUGCUUGUAUCACUUUUUAUUUCUGUUGAAUAAUGUAUUUUCUGAACACUAUGGAAAUGUCUCACUUUUUUAAAUAAAACACUUAUUAUUGA